AACGGUAGCUCGUGUUUCUGAGAGGUUUGCUCCUCUUGAGGCGGACUGAGAAUCCCAGAUCAGAUCCCUGCUUCUCCUUUGCUGGGCCCUGCCCUUCUGGGUGGGACCUUCCCAGCAGUGACAAAUCGGUCCCGAGGGGGGGCUGAGCCUGAGAAGGCUCCAUCCAGGCAUCCUUGCCUGGUUCACAGCUGGCAGAAAGCCCCCUCGGCUUCUCCAGAGACGCAAAGUGCCUCUUGCAGGGGAGCUGGGAAGGGUCGUCCUCAGGGAGAAGAGCUGAGUGGGGUCAGGAUGGGGGUCUUCCCAGGGGAGCCGAGGGGCUUGUGAAGCUGGACUUGGAGGCUCAGAGGGCCUUCAUGGAGGAUGUGUGUUAAAGGCACCAAGGAAGGAAGGAAGGACACACGGGAGGGACGGUGCACAAGGAGAGACGGGGGAAAUGAUCUCGCAAGACUUGAGCACCGGGCCUCCAGAUGCCACCCCGGCAAUGCCCUUCAGGAACCAAAGCCUGGGCAGCCCCUCCUCCUUCAUCUUGAGGGGCUUGCCUGGCCUGGAAGCUGCCCACUUCUGGCUGGCAUUCCCCCUGUGUGCCAUGUACGUGGUGGCCCUGGUGGGCAACUCCAUCGUGGUUCUGGUCAUUAAAGCCGAGCCGGCCCUCCACACACCCAUGUACUUCUUCCUGGGCAUGCUGGCAGGGGUCGACUUGGCCCUGGCCUCCUGCACGAUGCCCAGGGUCCUUUCUCUCUUUUGGUUGGAUGCCAAGGAGAUCGCCUACAGGACCUGCCUUCUCCAGAUGUUCUUCAUCCACUCCCUCUCGGGCAUGGAGUCCACUAUCCUCUUGGCCAUGGCCGUGGAUCGCUAUGUGGCCAUCUGCCGCCCGCUCCAGUACGCCACCAUCCUCACCAACUCUGUGACGGCCAAAGUGGGCAUUGUGGCUUUGGUGAGAGGAGUGGCCUUCUUCCUUCCUCUGCCCUUGCUCCUCAACCGCCUGUCCUUCUGCGGCCCCAGGGGCCUCCGGCAUUCCUACUGCCUCCACCAGGAUAUGAUGAACCUGGCGUGUGACAAACACAACCUGAACAUGAACAUCAUCUACGGUCUAAUCGCCAUCAGCCUGGUGAUGGGCCUGGACUUCCUGCUCAUCCUUGUCUCCUACCUGUUGAUCCUGAAGGCCGUCCUGGGGCUGAGCUCCUGGGAGCAGCGCCUCCGGGCCUCUGGCACCUGCCUGGCCCACCUCUGCAUGGUCCUGGCUUUCUACGUGCCCUUGAUUAGCCUCUCUGUCAUCCACCGGUACAGGAAAGACGUGUCUCCUCUGCUCCAGGCCAUCACAAGCAACAUCUAUCUCCUGGUUCCACCCGUGCUCAACCCCAUUGUCUAUGGGGCUAGGACUAAAGACAUCCGGAAACGGGCCUUGAAGUACAUGAGGCUCAGCAGGAACAGGGAGCCUCACUGAAGCCGGAUGGGUGUAGAAAAUCAAGCUGGAAGUUGCUUUCUUCAUCCCAGGAGGUGGCAAAGGGAGACAGGCCGCAUCUGAAGUCCAUGGGGUCCCAAGUCAACUGCCUUCCUGUUGCGAUGGCCAGCAUCCUAAUCUUUGACCUGCCUGCUGAGGCUGAAAUUCCCCUGCCACCCUGACCCCAGGAUGGACAUUACAAACCCUUCUUCUGCACCUUUGCUGACCCAUGGACUCCACAGGUUCUUCUAGGAUGCCGGUAUAUCCCUCUCCACAUUAUCAGAGGAGGCCUCAUCACGUUAGAAGAAUCUCCCCAAGGGAGCAACGGAUAAUUCUCCAACCUCUCUAUAAAACGAGCUUCUCAUGGAUGAUGAUGGAGAUGGAGAUGAAGAAGAAGUUCUUCAGAAGGUAUCAAAUCUGAGAGGUCCACUGCCCUCUGCUGAACCUUCUGUCUCUUGCUUGAGAUCCAUGCAUCAUGAAGGAUUGAGAUAUGCUGGUCAAGAAAAGAUGUUGGUCAAAAAGGGACCUUCAUGAGGGACUGGCAGGGAGCAGCUUGGAAGAGUGACCCUCUGCCUCUUUUCUAAGGACAUUUUCCUCCUAGACUGCAUAAUACCUUGAAGGCUGCAGGAAUUCCAGAACUUCCUAAACUGAGGCUCUCCUUAACAAAGUGAAGGCCACACAGAAAUGUUUUAUGUUCACCUCCAAAUAAACUUGCUCUUUACAGUUGGCCUCUGUUCAGCUCUGCCUUCCUGCAGUUAAACCCCACUCACAUCGUUAGAAGGGAGUCUCCCCUGUCUAGCAUAGUUAAGGACUGAGGUACCUCACAGCUCCCAGGAAGAACACAUGGGUGUGUGUGUGUGUGCGUGUGUGUGUGUGUGUGAUUAGAAUGAUUAACUAGUGGAACAACUUGCCUCCAGAAGUGGUGCGUGCUCCAUCACUGGCGGGAAUAGAAUAGAAUAGAAUUGAAUUGAAUUGAAUUGAAUUGAAUUGAAUUCUUUAUUGGCCAAGUGUGAUUGGACACACAAGGAAUUUGUCUUGGUACAUAUACUCUCAGUGUACAUAAAAGAAAAGAUACCUUCAUCAAGAAUCAUAAGGUACACUUAUUGAUAGUCAAUGGGUACAAAAAAGCAUGAAACAAUCAAUAUCAAUAUAAAUCGUAAGGAUACCAGCAACAAAGUUACAGUCAUACAGUCAUAAGUGGAAGGAGAUGGGGGAUGGGAACGAUGAGAAGAUUAAUAGUAACUAGUCUGACAGUGUUGAGGGAAUUAUUUGUUUAGCAGAGUGAUGGCCUUCGGGAAAAAACUGUUCUUGUGUCUAGUUGUUCUGGUGUUCAGUGCUCUAUAGCGUCGUUUUGAGGGUAGGAGUUGAAACAGUUUAUGUCCAGGAUGCGAGGGAUCUGCAAAUAUUUUCACGGCCC